CUGGGACUAGGGUGUCAUUUCUCUCCAGCCCUCUCUGCUCCAGGAGCCUCCGGAGUGGACCAGGCCUGACCGGGGAGUCGUGUCCGGGGGAAAGGAAGUGUCCAGGCCGGGGCGACCGCAGAGACUGGGCAAGGGCAAGCUUAAUUCUCCCACCCCUGUCCCGAAAGAAGAGAGAAAGGGGAAGGGGCAGGAGGAACGCGCCUGUCGGGGAGGGGCGGCGUAGAUAAUAAAUUGCGCCCCAAAUCUACAGACCUGGCUUCCUGGUGCGCUCCAGGCGCGCCGCCCUCGUCUUUACGCACGUGCAAACUUGGCACUCAAGGUCUCUGACUGCCUCCCUGGGGGCGGGGGGACGAGGCUGCCCGACUUCCUCCCCGAGGACACCACCCCCUCACCCACGGGGCUGAGCUGCUGACGGUCUUCGCCACCAACACCAGCCGAAUCCUCCCUCCCUCCAGCCUCGCAUCUCCGCGCUUGCCCCGGCCUCCGACCGCACCGUCUGAGCGAAGGAGCGACAGCGCGGGAGGCUCGCCAAGAUGGAGCAGACAUGUGAAGAUAUAGAUGAAAUGUUCAGCAAUUUGCUGGGAGAAAUGGACUUGUUGACCCAGAGCUUAGGGGUUGAAACUCUUCCACCUCCUGUGUAUGAUCCACCCAGUACUGAAUUUAACUACAGUGUGGGUUUUAAAGAUUUAAAUGAAUCACUAAAUGCACUGGAGGACAAUGACUUAGAUGCUUUAAUGGCUGAUCUUGUAGCAGACAUAAGUGAGGCAGAACAGAGAACCAUCGAAGCCCAAAAACAAGCUUCCCAGCAACAGCCAAACACAGCAUCUCAGCCAUCAUCAGUCAUGGGCAAUGGAGCUUCCUUUGGCUAUAAGACCAAUUUUUCCACUACUGGAAUUAACCAAUAUCAAGAUGAAUUGCCUCCCCCACCUCCUGACCCUGUUUUAGACCUUCCACCCCCUCCACCUCCUCCUCCUUCUGAACCACUCACUCAGGAAGAAGAAGAAGCUCAGGCUAAAGCUGAUAAAAUCAAGCUUGCCUUGGAAAAACUGAAGGAGGCCAAAGUUAAAAAGCUUGUCGUCAAGGUAUACAUGAAUGAUAACAGCACAAAGUCGUUGAUGGUGGAUGAACGGCAGUCAGCACGAGAUGUUUUAGACAACCUCUUUGAGAAAACCCACUUUGAUUACAACCUGAAUUGGUGCCUUUAUGAAACAUACCCAGAACUCCAAAUCGAGAGGAUUUUUGAAGACCAUGAAAAUGUCGUUGAAAUCUUAUCAAACUGGACAAGAGAUACUGAAAAUAAGCUAUUGUUUUUGGAGAAAGAAGAAAAAUAUGCUGUAUUUAAAAAUCCUCAGAAUUUCUACUUGGCUAAUAAAGGGAAAAAAGAAGGCAAGGAAACAAAUGAGAAAAUGAAUGCAAAAAAUAAGGAAUUUUUACUAGAGGAAAGUUUCUGUGGGACAUCUGUCAUUGUGCCAGAAAUUGAAGGGGCUCUUUAUUUGAAAGAAGAUGGAAAGAAAUCCUGGAAAAGACGCUAUUUUCUUUUACGAGCUUCUGGAAUUUAUUAUGUACCCAAAGGAAAGACUAAGACAUCUCGGGAUUUGGCUUGCUUUAUACAGUUUGAAAAUGUCAAUGUUUACUAUGGAACACAGUACAAAAUGAAAUAUAAAGCUCCAACUGAUCACUGCUUUGUACUAAAGCACCCCCAGAUUCAAAAGGAGUCACAAUAUAUCAAGUAUCUAUGCUGUGAUGAUGCAAGAACUCUAAAUCAGUGGAUCACUGGAAUAAGAAUUGCCAAGUAUGGAAAGAUCCUCUAUGACAACUAUCAAAAGGCAGUGGCGAGAGCUGGACUUGCCUCUCGGUGGUCUAACCUAGGGAAAGUGGAGCCUGCGGCUACAACUCAGACACCCUCCAAAGGACAUACAGCAAGUACUAUACAACCUAAUGGACAGAUGUGCCAGCCUACACCCUCUGUUAGUGGAAUUUUCCAAGAGGCCCAAAGACAUGUUGAAGCAACAAAGGACAAGAAGCCAGCUGUUACUAACUAUGAUUCACCAGCACCUCCAGCCAGUAAUCUGAAGAAAUCCCACCUGGUGCCGCCACCGCCACCACAACGUCGGUCUUCUGAUGUGAAUUCAGCGUCCCUGAUGGCCCCCAAAUCCAUGAUACCUCCCAAACCAGCACCUCAGGAUGAUUUUCCUUUACCACCACCCAUGGCAGAGACUGAGCUCCCACCACCACCCCCAGAUUUUAACGAGGAGCCUCCCAAUUUUGUGCCUCCCCCACCUCCUACUAUUUUUAGUGGUGAUGAUUUCCCCUUACCACCUCCUCCCCCACCUCCCUCAUUCCAAUCUACAGAACCCAAUAAAACUCCCCCACCCAUCACUAAAAAGCCUCCAAUGCCUCCUAAAAGGUUAGAAAAUCCAGGACCAGCCCCUCGGGGGGCAAGUGGAGAACAAGAUUUUAUGUCUGAUCUGAUGAAAGCUUUGCAAAAGAAAAGAGGCAACCUCUCCUGAAAAGUUUUUGAGUUUCCUGGAAGAGAAACAUGACAAAAUAAGUAUAGCUUUUUCUGAUUGUAUAUUUUUAUCAUUGUAUUCUUGAGACAACUUAGUAAUUGUUUUUAUAAAAUAUUGACUUUAAAGUAUAAAUGAUGUACAUAUUUUCAAUCAUUCAAUUAUUAACCUUUUAAAAAUUGACUCAUUGACUUGUGGCUAAACAUACUUUUUUUUUCAUUUUUACACUUCAGAUGAAUACCCUUGUUUUUUGAAAUUGAACAAAAUAAUGCUACAUGUCUCAUUUAUUUGAUAAUAGAAAAAUUGCUUAAAAUGUAGCAUUUUAUAUAGUAGCACUGUCUAGAGGGCAGGAGGUAGAAAUUAUGGGGAUGCUAAUCUCAUUCAUCCUUGUAUGAGAAUUUCCUAUGAGAGCUUUCUAAUAAUGGAACAGGCUGCAGAACUAUUGUGAACUACUGUAUGUCUAAUAACUGAGGCUAUAUGGCCAAAAUCAGGGAUGCUUUAGAUAGAAUAUAUAUAUUCAGUAGAAAGGUGGACAGGAUACCUUCCAGAUCAUAAAAGUCUAUUAUUCUAAAUUUAAAGGUAAAAAAGCUAUCUUUAUGUGUAUCAUUCUGGAGAUCUCUUAGAUGAAAAGGCAGUUCUUAGCAAAAAGCUGGUCUUGGAGUCACAGAAUUUUAGAAUUGGUUAGGUUUUCAGUGUCCAACCUAGCCCAUCAAUUCAUCUCACCAUAUAGCCAAGAGCAAACCUCUUAACCUCCUAGAAUCCCAGAAAAUUCUAAUACUAAAAAUUACAGAUAAACUGAGUCUGUUUUAUUGAAGGGAAUUAAUAUACCAUUGCAGAGAACUCUUAAUUUAGACCAAAAAGUGAAAAAAAAAAAAGGGGGGGGGGGGGAAGAACCACAAAAUAUUUUAUAAUUUGGCCUUUAAAAUAAUUUUAGUUAUCAAUUCAAUGUUAUCACCAGCUCUUAAUAAUGCAUUUCUCCAUAGCAAAUAUUCACAUUUCUCUAGUCACAUUCCUAGAAAAACAAAAGAGAUUUAAAAGGCAAUUUAUUUUAUUUAUUUUAGUUCACUGCCUGUUUCAUUUUAGAAUAUACUGUGCAUAUCCUUGUUUUUUCAUGUAUGAAUAACACAAAAGAGAUCUGAAUUUGUAAAUUAACCAUCACUAAAGUAUUGCUCAUUCUAAACUCAUCACUAUUCAAAUAUAAGAAAGAUGAUUAUGCCUCCAUUUUAGUGUAUGAAAAAUGAAUUUUAGAAAACAAACUGCAUUUCAUUUUACUUCAAAGCAAACAUAUUAAAUAGAAUCUAAGUCGUUUUUUUAAAAUAUGGAUGAAAGAUUUUCAGGUUUAUCAGUUUGCCUUUAUAAAGUACAAUUGAGGGAGAUAUGAUUGCAGUUCAAUAUGUUUAUUAAAUUAUAAUUUAUGAGGUCUUAUUCGUUAUUUUGUGAACAUGUGGAGCACAAAGACAAGGAUCACUAAUGUAUAUACAAAAAUUCCUUUUUAAAUUUUAUAAAUCUAUUAGAAAAUUACCAGUUACCAAUAUCUGAUUCUGUAAGGACCGGAAAUCCAAGCUAAUAAAAUGUGUGAUUUUCCAACAGAUAGUGAAAUAAAAAUCAGGAAAACCAGUGACAAACUAUUCCCCAGUUAACAAACAUUCCCCCUCACACUUAACCCAAAUGCAGUGAAAUAAGAGCAGGUAUUCACGGCACCUCCCUUUUUUACCCUGCCUGUGGCCAGAUUAGACUCUAGCCACUUCCAGAGUUAUAGACUGUGAGCUGAAGUGAGGUACAAGGCCCCACAAACAGCACAGUUUAGUGGAAUGAACAAGAGAUUUUGUGGUCUAUUUAUUAUAGAAGAUCUAUUUAAAUCCUGCUUCUCCUACUGAAAUACUUUUGUGACUCUUGAACUAUGGAGACCUCAGUUUCAUUAUCUGCAAAAUUAGGUCAGACAACACCAGUCCCUUCUAGGUGAAAAGUGUAUGUUCCUUUAACACAUAAAUUAGAUUAGUUCAUGGGUCACCUUUGUGGUCCAGGAUUGCUUCCAAGCAAGUCUGUAAGAGCCCUAUCAAUCAGAGGUUUCUCAAGACUGAACCAGACAAACUGGCCGCUUCUUAUUCAUCUGAGGAAAGAGCACAAGUUGUUUUUAUCCUGAAUCCCUCUCAGAUUUGUCUGUGGUUGUUGUUCAGUGUGUUAAGAUUAACUUUUGUUGUUUUCUAUGUAAUUACUGAAAGAAAAACCGUAUGAGUGAAUGUCGCCAUAGAAGUGAAUCUCCUCCAUUUUCUGUCAACUCCUUUCCAGUUGGCUAUCACAACUCAGAAAAAGCAAUACAAGGACACUCUCAAGGUCUUUCUUAAGAACUUUAGAAUUGACUGCAUGAUAAAGGAAACACUGGCACAAGACUGCCCCACAUGGCAUGCCCUCAUCAGAGAAGGUGCUUGCUCUCUGAGCAAAGCAGGAUUGAAGUAGGUCAGAAGAAAUGCGAGAUAAACAAAGUUAGAGGAUUUACCUCUGAUGUUCACCUGAUCCAUUUGUGCCUGACCUGUGGCAGAGCAUCCCAAGCUUAUAUUAAUCUGAUCAGCCACAGUCAGAUACACUAACUUGACUCUCACAUAGUAAAUGUCAUUUUGGUCCCCUGCAAGAAUGAAGGACCACAACCAAUCAAUGAAUGUUUUAGUCCCAGCCCUCUUUACUUCAGAUAAUCUAUUGUCCAUCUAUAACCAAACGGCAAAGAGAUAUUCAUCGUCUUAAAUCAGGAAACUAAUUUUUAUGUAUAAUUCUAAAAUGGCAGAUGGCUAGGAAAUGAGUCCUAAAUUUCCCUCUAAAAACUCUUUUUAUUUACUUCCACAUAUAUGACUUUGGGAUAUAUGUAUUAACUCUGACCACUGGAUACUAUUAUAGCUUACUAUAAAAAUGUAAAUGUUAAACUGUUUGUUUUUAGAGUUCUGUGAAUAAUUUUACAUAUGUACAUAAAUUGUAUUUUGUAGUCAUAGGAUUUUAGUGCUGGGAAAUACCUCUACAAUCAUCUAAUUUAAUCACUUCAUUGUAUGUAUGAGGGUCAGACAGGUAACAACAGAGGCAGCCCUGGAACACACUUCUCCUGACUCACAGGCUUUUGUCUUUCCUGUGUACCGUGCAUGGAUGGGCAUGGCCUUGGCUAUAUGGUCAAAGGAAGUAGUAUGCUGAAGGCUGUAUCAUCACAAGGAAAUGCAUCAGAAGAGAAUCCAUGGACCAAAGACAAGGUUGCUACCAAAAUAAAUUCAGAAAAGAAACCCAAGAUCUGAAGCCUGGGCGUCAAGAGAGAGGAGGCAAUGGAGAAUAAAGCAGAAGGCAGCCCAGCUUGGACACCAUGUUCCAAAUGCUGUGGUCUGAACAGCUCUUGGGCACCAGCACUAUCCCAUCCUGCAUCUCUCCUAGUAUUGGGGCCUGUGUGUACAACAU